AAAAACUGAUGGCGCCAAUUUCUGCGAUGGUUCUGACUCUCAAGGACCAAAACCCCAAAACAAGAGGCCAACUAGAAACCAUUCUCUUCUUCUUUCCCUGACCUUUGCGUGUUAUCGGUGGCGCCUCGAAAUUUCUCUUUCUCCUCUCUCUUUCGCUCUGUUUUUUGUACCGUUGGGGAAAUUGCCCUUUCGCUGUCGAACACAUUCGCGCUUCGGAAAUCGGGUUUGGUUUUAUGCACCGAGCCGGAAGGACGACCAGCUGCAUUCGUCGUCGGCUUAACUGCUUAAGCAACGUCUCGCAAUAGUCGUGGGUUAAUUACUGACUCAUCUUCCUGCUAGCAAGAGCCGCGUUUUUGUUUCUGGAUCUGUCUACCAAUGGUGAUGAUUUGAGGAUUAGAAAAACCCAGAUUCGGGAUUGUGCUUUUUUUCAGAAUUUUGGUGAAGAAACAUCCCAGUAAAGAAUUUCAGAUUUCGAAACAGAGUUUCUGUUCUCAAUGGCUGCGAGUGUAGCGACAGGAAGCAGCAACCUCCAUUCUGGAUUCAAUACCAGCAGGCGUCUUCAGAGCGGUAGACAAUCAGCCUGUACUAACUCCCCAGCGCUUUCCUUCAAUGGAUGGUUGCACAAGGAUCUUUCAUGGCAUUUUUGGUCUUCGUUCAGGUCUCAAGGGGCAUUCAAGGUCUUGGAGAUGCCAAAAAAAUGUAAUCUCUCUCAAUCAGCUGUAACAAGGAGGCUCAGUGUGUCAUCCUGCAUUGGAGAUGGUGGUUCCACAAAGUACUUUGAUUUUGCAGUCAUUGGAAGUGGGGUGGCUGGCCUCCGGUAUGCUCUUGAAGUCGCAAAGCAUGGAACUGUUGCAGUCAUCACCAAGGCCGAGCCUCAUGAGAGCAAUACAAAUUAUGCUCAAGGUGGUGUUAGUGCUGUUUUGUGUCCUAAAGACUCUGUAGAGAGCCACAUGCAGGACACAAUCGUAGCUGGAGCUUAUCUAUGUGAUGAAGAGACUGUCAGGGUUGUGUGCACAGAAGGCCCCGAGAGGAUUAGAGAGCUUAUAGCCAUGGGAGCAAUGUUUGACCAUGGGGAGGAUGGAAAUUUGCAUCUAGCAAGGGAAGGAGGGCACUCCCAUCGAAGGAUUGUCCAUGCUGCUGAUAUGACUGGUAGGGAGAUCGAGCGAGCUUUGCUGCAGGCAGUUAUCAAUGAUCCUAAUAUCUCCGUCUUCCAACAUCAUUUUGCUAUAGAUCUGCUAACUUCACAGGAUGGCCCUGACACAGUUUGCCGUGGUGUUGAUACUUUGAAUACUGAAACACAAGAGGUAAUUCGAUUUCUUUCAAGGGUCACAUUACUUGCAUCUGGUGGAGCUGGGCAUAUCUAUCCUUGCACAACAAAUCCCCUGGUGGCUACUGGAGAUGGGAUGGCUAUGGCUCAUAGAGCUCAAGCUGUGAUUUCGAAUAUGGAGUUUGUGCAAUUUCAUCCAACUGCUUUGGCCGAUGAAGGGCUUCCGAUAAAACUCAAAAAAACCCGAGAGAACGCCUUUCUCAUUUCCGAAGCUGUCAGAGGUGAUGGAGGCAUUCUGUACAAUUUAAGCAUGGAAAGGUUCAUGCCAAAAUAUGAUGAGAGAGCUGAGCUAGCUCCCCGUGAUGUGGUAGCAAGAGCAAUCGAUGAUCAGCUUAAGAAACAUAAUGAUAAAUAUGUUCUGCUUGACAUAAGCCAUAAGCCAAAGGAAAAGAUCUUAUCCCACUUCCCCAACAUAGCCGCUGAGUGCCUCCAGCAUGGGCUGGACAUUACUCAGCAGCCCAUUCCUGUUGUUCCAGCUGCACACUACAUGUGUGGCGGAGUCCGUGCUGGGCUUGAGGGUGAGACAAACGUGCGAGGUCUUUAUGUGGCAGGUGAGGUUGCUUGCACUGGUUUGCAUGGAGCAAAUAGACUUGCCAGCAACUCGUUGCUUGAGGCACUAGUUUUUGCUAGAAGAGCUGUCCAGCCCUCUAUCGACCACAAGAAAAGUUCUAGCCUUGAUCUCAGUGCUUCAAGUUGUUGGGCUCGCCCUGUAGUCCCCAAUGCUCUCGGAACUGAUACGAUGGAUACCAUAUUGGGCAAAACCGAGGAAGUGAGGAGAGAACUGCAAUCAAUUAUGUGGAGGUAUGUCGGGAUUGUUCGCUCAACAUCAAUGCUAAAAACUGCCUUAGAACGAGUGGAUCAGUUGGAAACACAGUGGGAGAAGUUCUUAUUCGAGCAGGGCUGGAAGCAGACAAUGGUGGCUCUCGAGGCUUGUGAAAUGAGGAACCUCUUCUGUAGUGCGAAACUGGUGGUGGGCAGCGCGAUGGCUAGGCAGGAAAGCCGAGGACUCCACUACACCAUCGAUUUCCCACAUGUCCAGGAAAGUAUGAGGCUGCCAACAGUGAUUUUCCCUUCCGCUGCUGUGAAUGGUACAUGGAGCUCACGGCAGCUACACAAAGAGGUUGUCUGUUAGGGAUGUAACAGGUUCUGUUCUUGAUAGUUUUCCGACCCGAAGCCGUUUUCUUUUAGGAUGCCCUUCGAUCAUUCUUUUACAUGAAAAUUUGUGCUGAACCAUUGUUUGGCAAUCAAUGAAAUGUGAUUAUCCUGGUUCUCUGCAAAUUGUAGCUCAGAUCUGGGGUUUUCUAUAGAGAAAGAAAUUAAUUAUCUAUAUCCUUGUCAAUCAGAAGCGUCAUAUGAACCUUUUGAGAUCCAUUGUUUCUCGAGACAUUAGCAGAUCUUCCUCAGCAGGGUAAAACUAAUGUUCCUAUAUUUGUUGCUGUACUAAGAUAAAUAUUAUGGUCUCUUUACAGUACGAUGUACUUUUUGACAAAACAAGAUGCAAGUGCUGACAUGUUUUCCUUUGUCUCUUACCAUA